AUGUUCUGCAAAUCCUCGGAACACAGAGCCAUUGAAUGUCCCACUUAUUGCACUGUUGCCCAACGACGCGAUUUCCUUUUGGAGAGGAAUAUGUGUCUCAACUGCGGACGAGAGGGACAUUGGGUGAAGGACUGCAAAAGGGAAGGAUGCAGGUCCUGCGGAGGAAAAAAGCACAAUCAGGUUCUUGUGCCCACAAAGAGUGGGGAAACAGACAAAACAGCAGGAAGUUCCACCGUCUGGCAAAAAACCAACACCAAAUCAGAAACCAAGCAUGCAGCAGAAAGCAGGAAGCACUAUGACGCGUUCGCAACACUAGGGAUACAAGAGCGCACCCCGUAUCCGCGCACACAAGUGAGAACGCUACGCAAGGUUCCCAUUCCACGGAUAGUAACGGAGGAUACGGACACAAUGAGCGCAUAUAGCACCCACACGGUAACACACAAUGACAACGAAAGAGUGCUACUCCUAACAGGGGUAGGAAAAGUGUGGAAUGCUAUCAAGAGGGAGUGGCAACCAGUCGAGAUCCUAUUCGAUACUGGAGCAGAUCAAUCCUUUAUCAAGCCAGGCCCUUACGCAGGAAUUAGGCCUCACAUACAACGAGAACGAAAGGACUUCAACAUUUACACCUUUGGUUCUACAGUACCUACAGAGAAAAGAUGUGGAGUCGUUCGAGCGGAUCUUGAGGACAACCAAGGAGAAAAACACAAACUGUACUUACACACAAUACCGAUACUGACUGAAACAGGAACGGAGACGCACCUUGCCGCAGAGGAUAUGAGUUUUAUUACAGGCAAUAAACUAGAGCUUUCAAGGCAA